CUCUUAAAAUUUCUACAGUCAUGUGGAAAUACUUAAUUCUUUUACAACUUUUAUCGGCAAAUGCAUACAUAAAUAAUUAUGAUCCACUCUCAGAGCAAUACAUAAAUAAUAUAAAUGAGAAGCAAUAUACGUGGAAAGCCGGGAAGAAUUUUGAUAAAUCUGAAUGGUCCAGGUUAAGAAAAAUAGCUUCUGGAACAUGGCGGGCAUCUACAGACUUUUCCAGAUCAUUUUAUCAACCAGGUAAAGCAAUUAACACUGAAGUAAUUCCAGAACAUUUUGAUGCAAGACUGGCUUGGCCCAAUUGCAAGUCCAUAAAGCAAAUCAGCGACCAGUCUCAUUGUGGCUCGUGCUGGGCUUCUAGUGCUGCUGCUACAAUGUCAGACAGAAUCUGCAUUAAGUCCAAUCAAAAUCUUCAAGUAUUUGUAUCAGCAGAAGAUUUGACAGCUUGUUGCUGGCAAUGUGGAAACGGUUGCCUAGGUGGAGAAAUUCCAAGGGCUUGGGUAUAUUGGCAGAAAUUUGGUAUUGUUACAGGAGGGUUAUACAAUUCUUCACAAGGUUGUAAAGACUAUACACUUCCACCCUGCGAGCACCAUGUGAAUAUGUUAAGUAGACCACAUUGCGAAAAUUUGACCCUUGAUACGCCAAAAUGCGUUCGAAAAUGUCAAGAUGCUUCAUUGAAGUAUGAACACUCUCUGACUUUUGGACAAGAUGUUUACCAGUUUUUGAAAGAAGAAGAAAUUCAAAUGGAAAUUAUGGAGAAUGGGCCAGUUGAGGGUGCUAUAGAUAUAUUUGAUGAUUUUUUUAGUUACAAAAAUGGUGUUUACAUAAGGACUAGCGAUCAUCUCAUUGGAGGACACGCAGUAAAGAUCUUAGGAUGGGGUGUUGAAAAUGGAGUACCGUAUUGGUUGUGCGCUAAUACCUGGAAUACAGAUUGGGGAGAUGGAGGAUAUUUUAAAAUAUUGCGAGGAUCAAAUCACUGUGGAGUGGAGAGCCAGAUUUUUGCGUCCCUGCCAAAAUUUUGA